AUGUCUCUUAAUAUGAAUAAAAAUCAACUAGAAGUCGAAUUUAUGAAAAUACUUAAAAGAUUUAUUGAUAAUCCAGCUGAUAUUCAUCUAAUUCAAGAAUUAGAUGAAAUUGGAAUUAAAUUAAUUUAUUUAUCAAAGAAUAUUUCGAAUCAAGAAUCAUCAUUAUCAUCAAUUAUACGUCCUGUUGCUGAUGAAUCAAAUAGUGAAGAAUUAAAUCAAAAUGAUUUACAAAAAACAAACAAUAAAAAUAAAAAAAAAUAUUGGUUUUUUGAAAUUCGUAAGUUAUAG